CAUUCGAGGCAGAGAGAGGGAGUCAUGAGCGCCCGUGCCGUAAGGAUGCAGAGAACACGUUCUAUGCAUUGUUUAUUGUAACGGAGAGGUGGACUAAGUGUCAUCGGCCAGUUUGUUUUCCUUUUUUCCUGCUUUUUUCCUCUCAGGCUCCACUCAUUUGUGCAUGCCGCUUCCUGGCUCAUUGGCUGAGAAGCGCUGGCUGAACGCAGGCAGAGUACCUGCUGCCUGGGGGAUUUUCUGACAUGAAUAGCGGCGAUCAGAGUGUAUGUUUUGGCUGGAAGUGAACACUUCCUCUGAGGCUCAGCUGGACCGAGUUUAAGCCCAGGACACAAGGAGGAACACCAGUGCAGGAAUGGAUGAUUAAGAGAGCUAAACGGAGAGAAAACAGCUUCUGACUCCAAUGAAAAGAAAUGAAAAUGGAAGAGCCACUUUUUCCAGAGUGACAAACAACUUGGCUGAGUCCACAACAGGAGCUUGUCUUGUCUCGGGAGUUAUCUGCUAAAAAGGACUGAGAACUAACAACACUGUCCAAAGCAGUUGUCUCGUUUGCUUUACACAUACUGUGGCAAUCUCAGCUGUUCCUCGUAUCUUGUUUCCGGCUGCCCGGAUCAAGGAGCGCGCCUCUGCGCUGAGAGCAGCAUCUGGGGGAAGAGUCUACUCACCAGACACCCCAUCUUUCGACUGUACGCUUCAUCCGAAGUGCUUUCUAAAAAAGAGCGGAGGUCGCCAAAGAGGACUUGUGUUGAAAGAAGGGGGGGGUUGAGGAAAAAAGACCCUACUGCUCUCCGGGGCAUAUGGUCGAGCUGGUCGAAGACAGCUGCUGACUCUCUGUGGGCUAAUUAUUCAUUCAUUCAGGAGAUUCAGCCUGGGGCGGGGGGAGAAAAGUUUCGACUUUUACGACCAAAGACAAGCCUAGUGUUGCAGUUCUCUGGAGAAUUUGAGAAGGGGUCACUCUCCAAAAGUUUGGAUGUUGUGUUUGUGUGUGUGAGGCUAAUGACUCCAAUUCCAGCUUGUGAGCAACUGAGUGUUUCCCAGGACAGAAGGCUAGAAUGAUGCCUAGCCACACCCACAGUGAAUCCUGACACAUGCCACAACGAGAGCAGCCUGGCAUCUUCAUGCCGCUGUCGGGCACAGACAGGUGGCAGCACAUCCUGAAAGAAGGGAACACCAUUGUGCCAUAAAAAAUUACAAGCGCCCCUAAAGAUGAAUCAAGAGCCAAUUCAUUACUAAUUCACCAAGCCGUGGAGUUCUGUGCUUGCGGAUUUAAAGUACAAAGUGCAUUGGGGAUUGUUUGCACUCACUUGUCCGUGUUAGCAAUCUAGGCCAGGGGUCCAGUGGAGCUUUUGUCAAGCACACUCAAGAGAACUUGCACACUAACCUUUCAUGACAAACCACCCCUGUGCUUGGGAAAGAAAUGGAGGAAUUGCUGGAGGGUUGGGGACUGUAAGAUCGGUACCUUUCCAGAGCGGCUGUAAUUUGGAAACAAAAUGCGUUGCUUGGAGACUGAUAAAAGCAUUUGUCUACGUUUUUCAGGAAGAAACUGCGAUAAGGAGCACCACUGGAAUUUAAGCUGAAACCGUUUAAGGAUUUCUUUCAUCUAUCCUUCUUCUCUGAGUCUGUUUUUGGAACGCUUGCCAACUUGGCGUACUUUAGGGAAGGCGCGGAGUGGAGUAUGACUAGUUGUCAGUACCCCACGCCGCCCCCAGAGCGGGACCGCAUGUACCAACACAAAGUGUCGCUGGUCGUGCGGUACUUCAUGAUUCCUUGCAACAUCUGUCUCAUACUGCUGGCCACUUCCACGCUCGGCUUCGCUGUUCUCCUCUUCCUCAAUAACUGUAGGUCACAGUUAGUGAAACAUGACGUUCAGCAUAAACCUGUUCACUUCACACCGGCUCAUGCUCCCGAUGGUUGCAGAGGAAAGCUGUGUGGAUUUGGAGCGUUGUGUGAAAGAGACCCGGCUGACCCCUCUAAGGGAGAAUGUGUGUGUAAGAAGAUUGUAUGUUCGUCUGUGGUGGCGCCGGUGUGCGGAUCCGACUCCUCCACCUAUUCCAAUGAGUGUGAGCUGGAGAAGGCCCAGUGCAAUACACAGAGACGCAUCAAAGUGAUGCGCAAAGGCCCCUGUGCCCUGAAGGACCCGUGCAGUGAGGUGACCUGUAGCUUUGGCAGCACCUGCAUCCAGUCAUCAGACGGUCUGUCUGCCAAAUGCAUGUGUCCUCUGAAUUGCGAGAACUUCCCCAAGCACGUGGUGUGCGGCAGCGAUGGCCUGGACUACCAAAGCGAAUGUGAGCUCAACAUGAAAGCCUGUGCCACCCAGAAGAACAUCCGUGUGCAUCACCAAGGCCGCUGUGAUCCUUGCAGUGACUCUCUGAAUAACGUGAGUGUGGCCUGCCGGGUGAACCCAAAAACCUACAAGCAGUUUACCAUCUACCUUCCUGAGACCUGCAAGCCCGACGCUACACCCAUCUGCGGCAGCGAUGGCCGCACCUACGAUAGCAAGUGUCAGAUGGAGCGGACGGCCCAGCAGAACAACCUGGAGAUCAAGAAGGUCUAUUCAGGCAGCUGCAAGGAGAAAGGGAGCUGCCCGAACGAUUGUAAGUUCAACGCCAAGUGUUUGCUGGAAAACGGAGAGUUUCUGUGUUCCUGCAACCCCAUACAAUGCGACGGCACGUACAAGCCCCUGUGCGGAAAGGACGGCAAGACGUACCCCAACGACUGCGAGAGGAAACUCGAAGAGUGCCGGACCAAGACAGACAUCCCCAUCAAACAUCAAGGGCCUUGUGAUCUUAACCUGGAGAGCCCCUGCCUGAAGAAGACCUGUGAGUUUGGAGCCGUGUGCGUGGUGAAGAACAGCGAGCCUGUGUGUGAAUGCUCAGAUGCGUGUUCACAGGACCAAGACCCUGUUUGCGGCAGCGAUGGGCACACUUACAGCAACUCAUGUCAAAUGAAGGCCAUGGGAUGCGCCCUUCAGAAACAGAUACAGAUGCAACACAAAGGACCAUGUGCAGAUGAGUCCUGCACCAACUGCUCGUUUGGCGCGAUCUGCGAUGCUCAGACUGGCCGGUGCGUGUGCCCCAAAGGGUGUUUGGAAACACGGCAGCCCGUGUGCGGCAGCGACGGGAUGACAUAUGACAAUGAGUGCAAGCUGAACGUGAAAGCCUGCACUAAGCAGCUGGAUCUCAGAGUGGUGGCCCAUGGAGAAUGCAAAAACUGUGGCAACACUGUGUGUACCUGGGGAGCGCGGUGUGUGCAGAACAAGUGUGAGUGUCAGCAAUGCACGGGUCAGCCAGUGAAACCCGUUUGUGGCAGCGACGGCACCACCUACGACAAUGACUGUGAGCUGCGUCUGGCCGUCUGCAAGAAACAGAGGAAGAUUGAGGUGGCCAAACCUGGCGUCUGUGAUGAAGACUGUGGUUCAGGAGGCUCAGGCUCAGGCUCUGAGACCUGCGAGCAGGAUCGUUGUCGCCGAUAUGGCGGAUCGUGGGAUGACGACAGUGAGGACGAUGAUGAUCGCUGCAUUUGUGAAUUCGACUGUCAGAAUGUGCCAAAUAGCCCGGUGUGUGGCUCAGAUGGGAACACGUACACCAACGAAUGUAAGCUGAAGAAAGCCAGGUGCGAGAACCAAAUGGACCUGCUGUUCCAGAGUCAAGGACCCUGUCCAGAUGUCAUAUCAGCUCCUCCAGAGCUCGUUGCCUCCCAGCACUGUAGCGAAACUGUUUACGGAUGUUGUCAAGACAACAAGACCACUGCCCUCGGUGUUGGACUGGCUGGCUGUCCAAGUGUGUGUCAGUGUAAUCACUACGGCUCAUACGGAGGCACCUGUGACCCCUCCAGCAGCCAGUGCUCCUGUAAACCCGGCGUCGGGGGACUCAAGUGCGACCGCUGCGAGCCUGGAUUCUGGAACUUCCGAGGCAUCGUUACAGAGAACAUGAGCGGCUGCACACCGUGUAACUGUGAUGGAGUGGGCUCGGUUCGUGACGACUGUGAGCAGAUGUCAGGGCUGUGCUCAUGUAAGCCCGGAGUUAAGGGCAUGAAAUGCAACGUGUGCCCCGACGGCAGCAAGAUGGGAGCCAACGGCUGUGACAAAGGACCUGAGGCACCCAAGUCCUGUGAUGAGCUUGUGUGCCACUUUGGGGCAUCAUGUGUGGAGGUAAACGGACAGGCUCACUGUGAGUGCCCGUCGCCAGAUUGUGACGAGAAGAAUAAGACCAAGGUAUGUGGUUCUGAUGGGGUCACCUAUGCAGACCGGUGCCAGCUGAGGACCAUUGCGUGCCGACAAGAUAAGGAGAUCACUGUGGAGCAUUUAGGCCAGUGCAAAGAAUCCAUUGAGCAGACGGCCAAACCCACCCCCUUCCCAACCACCCGCCGCACCACCCCUCCCACCGCUCACGUCAAGACCACCAAACAGCGCCAUGGCCACUCCACCACCACCACCACUUCAAGCAUUCUCAAGGCUCCGGACAGCUUCGUGGUGGAGGCACUGCCUCGUCCACCUAGGGUGGACGAGGCAGGAAUAUACUUCAACUCUUUCACCACCCACCGCCCCACCACACCCUACAAACCACCCCGCACCUCAUCCCCAUCCGUGGAGUCCAGCCCUUACUUUGAGGAGUCGGGCAGUGGAGAGCCCAGUGGGGACGACGAGAUGGUGAGCGGAAUGGAGGAGAGCGGAGAAGAGCCACUUGGUACAACAGUAGCAACUACCACUAUUCCCAAAGUCGAGGAGCGGUCCUCCUGUGACAACACACAAUUCGGCUGCUGUCCCGAUGGGAAGACGCCUGCCAUCAACUCUGAGGGCACAAACUGCCCCUCUACCAUGCGUUUCAGCGGCUUCCUGCACCUGGAUAAGGUAGAGGGUCAGGAGGUCUUCUACACGCCUGAGAUGGAGGACCCCAAAUCAGAGCUGUUCGGUGAAACGGCCCGGAGCAUAGAGAGCGCUCUGAAUGAGUUGUUCCACAAGUCAGAUGUCCGGAAAGACUUCAGGAGUGUCCGUGUGAGGAAUCUGGCUCCCAGCAACUCCAUAAUAGCCUUUAUCGAGGCUCACUUUGACCCAGACACAAGGUUCAAUGUAGAGGAUAUUGAGGGAGCCCUUCUGAAACAGCUCAAGGCAUCUAAAGACACUAGUAUUGUUGUGAAGAAACCUGAGGAAGAGAACAUCCGCAUCACCAACUAUGGUCUUUCAGCUGUUCCUUUUUUCACCACCACGACAACCACUGUAGCGUCUGUCACAACUCCCACCACCACCAUGCUGUCUCCCACUUCUGCUUUUACCACUCUCCGCCCGACCACCACCAGACGGCCCUUCACCAGCCGCAGGACCACCACAACAGCACCAACCACCACCACUCCAUCCCAGGCCCCCACAGUCUUACUGAGAAACAAACCGGUGGCCCACGCCAACAGGCCGUGCGACUCUCAGCCCUGCCGUCACGGCGGAACCUGCGAGGAGGAGGACAAUGACUUCACCUGCAUCUGUCCCGCAGGAAGAGGAGGAGCCGUGUGCGAGAAAGUUAUAAAGUACUUCAUACCAUCCUUCGGUGGAAAAUCUUACAUGGCUUUCCAUACCAUGAAGGCCUACCACACUGUGCGCAUUGCCAUGGAGUUCAGGGCUUCGGAAAUGACAGGAAUAUUACUCUACAAUGGCCAAAAAAACAAAAAGGACUUCCUGUCUCUGGCAUUGGUUAAUGGAAAUGUGGAGCUCAGGUUUAACACUGGUUCUGGGACGGCUUCAGUGAUCAGUAAGGUCCUGGUAAAGCCGGGUCGCUGGCAUCAGCUCGUAGUAAUGCGUAAUAGGCGUAAUGGCAUGCUGAGCGUGGACAAUGAGCCGAAUGUUGAAGGACAAAGUCCCCCAGGAACAGAUGGACUCAACCUGGACACAGACCUUUUCAUCGGAGGAGUGCUUGAAGACAUGAUAGCAGAUGUAAAGGAGAGGACAUCGGUUUCAACAGGACUUGUGGGCUGCGUCCGCAUGCUGGACGUCAACAACUUUGCCUAUAACCUACAAGAGAAUGGUGGCAGCGUUCUAUAUGGCUCGGCCAUUGGCGAGUGUGGCAACAACCCCUGCCUGCCGAAUCCCUGCAAGAAUGGAGCCUCCUGCCAGGUCAAAGAAGCUGAGAUGUUCCACUGCAAAUGUGUUAACGGUUUCUCUGGUCCGACCUGCGCUGACGCCCACAACCCCUGCGACCCCAAUAAAUGCCACACAUCAUCGCGGUGCCAGGUUCUUCCGGAAGGAGGUUACAAAUGUGAAUGUCCAAUGGGACGUGAAGGCAAGCACUGUGAAAAAGUGUCAGACAAGGGAGGCGCUUUCAUUCCUUACUUCACUGGAGACUCUUUCCUGGAGCUCAAAGGCCUUCAUCUCUAUGGCCAAGAUCUGAGGCAAAAAUUCAGCAUGACUAUCGUUCUGUUGGCCAAUGACUCCAAAGGCAUGAUUUUCUACAACGGUCAAAAGACGGACGGCAAAGGAGAUUUCAUCUCUCUGUCCCUGACUGAUGGUAUCCUAGAGUUUAGAUAUGACCUGGGCAAAGGGCCGGCUGUCAUUAGGAGUAAAGAAAAAAUCAAGCUGAACGAGUGGAACACGGUGAAUCUGGAGCGGGCCAGCAGAAAGGGAGAGAUCAGCAUUAAUGGCAAAGACCCUGUCAGAGGAGAGGCGCCGAAAUCACGCAAGAAUCAGCACAUAGAUCUUAAUCUGAAGGAGCCUCUCUUUGUGGGCGGAGCCCCUGAUUUCCGCAAAGUAGCCAGAGCUGCUGCGAUCAAAGAUGGCUUCAAAGGGGCCAUUCAGAAGAUUACUUUGAUGGGAAUUCCAAUCCUGAAAGCUGAUAACGCCCUUCAAUCCAGUGAUGUGUCCAUGUAUCCCUACCACCCUUGCUCCAAUAAUGUUUGUGAGAAUGAAGGCCACUGCAACCCCCUGUUGGACCGCUAUGAGUGCAUCUGCCGCAGUGGAUUCGCCGGACAACACUGCCAGGACCCAAUAUUCGAGAAAUCUGCUGGGGACACCGAGGCCAUUGCAUUUGAUGGCCAUACAUUCAUCGAAUAUCACAACGGAGUCACCAAGAGCCAACUGACCAAUGAGAUCCCAGACCCUGAGUCACUGGAGAACCCAUCUGACCAGAGUGAGAAGGCCCUGCUGGUGAAUAAAUUCGAGCUGAGCAUCAGGACUGAGGCUACUCAUGGUCUGAUUUUGUGGAGCGGCAAGGGAGUAGAGCGCUCCGACUACAUCGCCCUCGCUAUCGUGGACGGCCGCGUGCAGAUGACCUAUGACCUCGGCUCCAAGCCUGUGGUGCUGCGCUCCUCUGUACAGGUCAACACCAACCGCUGGAUACGAAUCAAGGCCAGCAGAGCGCUCAGAGAUGGCUCACUGCAGGUUGGUAAUGAGGCAGCUGUCACUGGGUCAUCACCCUUGGCUGCCACACAGCUGGACACAGACGGUGCUCUCUGGUUGGGUGGUCUGGAAGAGCUGUCUGUAGCUCGCCGGUUGCCCAAGGCUUACAGCACAGGCUUUGUCGGCUGCGUGAAAGACGUGAUAGUCGACGGGGUGGACCUACAUCUGGUGGAGGACGCCUUAAACAGUCCCAAAAUAUUACACUGUUCUGCCAAAUAGUCUGGCACCACCGUUCCUCCCAACACCAUGUCUACUGCUGUAAUUAUUUUUCUAUUUUUUGUAUACUUUUCUUUGCCUUUUAUAUUGGAAAAAUUACAUUGUUUUAAUUAUAAUUUUGUUUUUUUGGUUUGUUUUUUUUCCCCAUCUUUGCGUCCAGCCAUAAUCACGUCCUCAGUCGGCGAACAUGGUGUCACAAGACAAGCAAAAAGUCAUAUUACGUUUCUGUGACAAACAACAGAACAUGUACUUGCUUAUUACUUGAACAGUGGCAGAUGAGACUGGUGCUGUUUGUACCGUCUGGAUUGCCUUCUCUCGGUGCCAUAGCUCUCGCUCGCUGUCCGGCAGUCACCAAACAUUCCUCUGAGCUGUUGCUGUGGUCCGUUACUACGUCUAAAAGAAACGACUUUUUCCGCUUUAUCGACACAUGACAGCAACUGUUAAAUACACUGAGCAAGACUAUGUACGAUGUUCCUCAUUUAUGAUACCACUAACAGGGGCGAAAGCUCAAAACUUGGAGCUUUUGAAUCCCAAACUGAUAGUAGCUGACGUAACAUUUAGCAUUCCUCAAAAUUCACCAUUGUUUUUAUCAUGCAAAUGUCAUUAUUGACCUGUGAGAUGUAAUAAAUAGUAACGAAAUACAUGAGACUGUGAAUUUUGAAGAUGCUAUUUUUUGUUGCAAUCAUUCGUCUCAUGUGUUGUGCAUAUCUAAAGAGCAAUUACAUAUAUAGAUAUAUAUAGAUAUAUAUACUAUGUGACCACUUGUUGCAUGCAUCUUUUUUAAGUGUUAAGUUGAUUUUGCCUUGGUUUUCUUCAUCAUUCCAUUCAGGGCAGAAAUGUAGCUGACUACAUUGCAAUCUGGACAUCUGACUAUUCAAGUUGGGAGAUAUUGAAAUUUUUUUAUAUAUAUAUAUACCUGCUAUUUGUCAAUCUGGACUUCUUGUGUGCGUGUGUGUGUGUUGGAAAAAAUGGCUGUUGCAACAACUCAACUUUGGGAGGCGCUGUAACACAGGAAGAGAUGAGAGACUCAAAACACAUCAGGUGGACAAAAACAGCAUUGACAUUCUUGGCAUGUUCCGUCAUCGAACAAAAAUCAUGUAUUCACUGAAUUAUUUUUUUUUCUAUCAUGUAUCAAAUGAAAAUGUCGCUUUAAAAUGCUGUCAGCACUUGCUAUAAAAAAGGGAUGAUGUAUGUAGACCCCUUGCAUCCUAUGACUGUGGCCCCCAUAACAGCUGUUCAUGUUCAACGGUAACCAGUGAAAAUAUUAAUGCAUGGGUUUGUCAAGUCAAAAUGGUUUUUGUAACCUGUUCCAAGACAAAUGCAAUGCUGUGGUGCUGUCUCCGUGCAAGAAAUAUGAGUUUGAUACAAGAUGCUUUGCAAUAUACAAAUAAGUAUCAUCGUAUCUUAUUUUUAAUGCCUCUUUUUUUGUAAUUUUCUUUUUUUUAACAAACCCUGGGACAUGCAAGAUCAUCAUCAUAAUCAUGUACAGCCCUGUGUAAAUUUGUUACUGAGGUUUUGUUUUAGUAUUAUACACUGGAAGCGAGUCUGACUUGUCUUUACACGGCAUAUCCUGAGCGAGGGGAGGGAUCGGGGAAUAAUCUGUGUCUGGGGUUUGAUCGGCCGUCACACGAUGUCUGAGACCGGGAGCCCUUCGUUACUGCACGAGCUGUAUGGACCAUCCACCCUUUUUAGUAUAGCGCCCUCACCUUCACUUUUCCAGCGGACUCGAUUUUUCGAUCUCUUUUAUAAUAAUGGGAGUUAUUUUUUGACAUCCUCCAGUAGCUUUGCUCUCAAGGGAUGAGGCUAAUUGUGAGAACCGCCAUGGAAAUCUGCUGUGUGAAUGGAAACUGAGAAAUGCCUUAAAAUCAUUCACCGUUCAUGGGUGACAAAAGUUCAUGUCCAUAUUGUUCUGUGCUCUCACUUUGCCAGUAUAUUAGCCUCAUUCCCAUCAUGUAAAUUAAUUCAUAAAUGUUAAUAAUUAUAUUAAUAAUGCUUAUGAGAAUUUCCAGAAGGCCUCGAUAAUAGUGGUUCUGGACUCUACAAAAAUACUAUUUACUGUACAAAUACUAUUUUCAGUAUCUUAUUUAUGUCUUAAGAGGAUUCUCAGUCUGGCAUUUGUAAACUACUGUUUAGAUUGAUUGAACUAGACCUGAUGGGCAGUGCACAGAAUGAGAGGCAUGACGUUACCAUUACUAACUUUAUUACUUGUGUCUUGUGUUCCAACCACCAUAAAAUAAAAUGUAAAACAAACUGACCUGACUUUCUGUAACAUUUACUUCUGAUAACGUCUGUGAAUAAAUCCCUCCAGUUCCCAAAUUGUCUAA